CGAACGGUGAACAUGCUUUUCAAACAAAAUUUAAUAUUUAUAAUAUUAUGAUAUUAUGUAGGUAUUCCUUGUUUACUCGUUCAGAAUGAUUUGAUUGAGUAAUUUUAGUAUCAAUUAUCCACUAAAUACCACUGUUUGGUCAUAGACCAUUGCUUUAAUAUUUAUCUGACACCAUGAAUCGUACUAAUAAGAUUCCUUGUUGUUCUCGAUGCAAUACAAAUUAUCAUAUUGGAGAUGUAAAUGGAUCCAAGGUUCCGAUGUUGUUAGCUUGUGGACAUGACAUGUGUAGAAGUUGCAUUAAGUCCAUGUACAGGAAGAACAAACAAGUUAUUUGUGAAUGUUGUCAAGCUAAUAGCAUGAUUAAAUGUGAUGACGAAUUAUCAAAUAUACCAAUACACUAUUUCUUAGUUGGUAAAGUUUGGUACUUUUUAUAUAACAGAAAAAUUAAAAUGUAUCAAGAUAUUUCUAAUUUAAUGAUGACAAAUUUACCUUCAGACUCUUUAAUCAAAACUAAAGAAAAUUGUCAAAUUUGUCAAAAAUAUGCAUCAUUAUUUUGUCUACAAUGUAAUGAGGUAUUUUGUGAAGAUUGUUUUCAAGAGAUUCAUAUGGAAAAUCAAAUAAUGUCACAACAUGAUAUAAAAAAAGUAGAUACCACACACCUAGAAUUUGUCCAAGCAUCUAAAUGUAAUAUUCAUUUGAAAUUAAUUGAUUUUAUUUGUAUUACAUGCAAAAAACAAAUGUGUUCAAAUUGUGCUAUUGAUAAUCACCGAAAUCAUGAUAUUCAAGAUUUGGAAAAAUAUAAUUUGAGCCAAGUGCAACGAUUAAAUGAACAUUUAUUAAAAGGAGACAUUUUACUUAAAAGGUUGAAACAUUACAGAGAUAAAUUUAAUGAAAAAGUGCAAAAACACCGAUGUCAUAAUUUGAAAAAAAAUAAGAGCUUUGAUCAAAAGAAACGACUUAUAUCAACGUACAUAUCUUCUGUAAUUGGUGCUCUACAGUGUUUAGAACAACAGUUAUUUAAUAUAAUGGAUCAAGCCGAACAGUCUUCCACCAACUCUAUGAUCCAAGUGAUCUGCCAAUUAAACAGUUUCAUAGAAAAACUGCAAACCAAAUUAAACAUUGUGGAUGUGCUGUUGAAGAACAAUCAGUAUUCGUCCGCUGCGAUGAUGGAUCACAUUGCCGACAUUGAAAGCAUGUUGGACACGACCUAUUACUUGGCGAAGAAAAAAAUAACUGAACCGGCGAUCCAGUUCAAUUUCGAUAUUUUUAAAACUAUUCAGCAGUGCGUGAUUUUCAAUAUCGAUAUAUCUGAUAGUUACGUACUGGAAUGUUCGCCCGACCUUUUGCCCGAAUACACCCUAAGCGCGAAAAUCGGAUUGAAUUCAGAUGACAAUAUGCUGGGCGAAAGACCGCCGUCGUCCGUUUCUAGCAUGUUUUCUAGCAGCAGCAAUUUUUCGGCCUUUUCCGGUGACUCCAACUCCGCUUCUGCUGACGCCAUCGCCAAUUCCGAUAAUGCUUUUGCUUCUAAUGAUUCCACUUUUACUUCCAUCAUCAACAGCCCGGCACAAUCACAAGCCAUCAAGGAGAUCGUGAAAACCGAGGUUGAGCCCGUGAUCGUGUCGCACGUCAACAGUCCGUCUGACUUCUUUUUGCAACUUGUCGCUAACAAAGCAGUGUUAAAUAUGGUUAACGAUGAACUGGACAAACACGUGAAAUCAGAACACGGUGCUGUACCGGUGGAUCACGUUGAAAUGGAUAACACUGUGUACGCUGUACAAACAUCAGCUGAUGAAUGGCACCGAGGUGUUGUUCUCCAUUCCUACAACGAAGAUGGUAACAAUUUGUUCAGAGUUCACUUUAUUGAUUAUGGUUUCAUGGAAAUCUUAACAGCCAACAGAAUUAGAAGUGUACCACCAAGUGUGGUUUCAAUACCAUCGUUAGCCUUUAAUUGUGCUUUAUACGAUUUGAAGCCAAAAUCAACAACUGGAUGGUCAAAUGAAGCAUACAUAUUAUUCAAUGAUUUAAUGUUAGCAAAAACUGGUUCAUAUUUUGUGUACCCUUUGGAAUUAAAAGGCGAACGUAUUGAAGUUGAUGUAGUUUGGAAUGAAAACCUUUAUCCACUAUCCAUACGUGAUGCUAUGUUUUUUUUGGGAUAUGGUUCUUAUGAGUAUUAUGUGAACAAAGCAUUGCAUGAACAACUUGUAAAAAUGAUAACAUUGUCAAAUAAUUUAAAACUGGAAGAAAAAAAAAGAUAUACUGUAGUCUUGUGUCAUGUCAUCUCACCGACAGAGUUUUAUAUGCGAAUAAAUGAUGAUACCGCUCAAUUAGAAGAAGUUAUGAAUACGCUGAAAACAAUAUACGUACCUACUGCAAAAAAUAAAUAUAAGAGCUAUUUAUUAUAUACGCCACAAAUUGGUAUGGCAGUCGCAGCUAGAUAUUCUAUUGACGGUCAUUGGUAUCGUGCAAAGAUAACAAGUUUGCCUGAAGUACGCUUAGUUACUGUUUUUUAUAUAGAUUUUGGAAAUUCAGAAACAUUGCCAUGGGAUGAGUUAAGAGUACUUGAUAAAGAACUCAUUAAAACACCACCACUUGCAAUAAAAGCAUCAUUGGCAGAUGUUUAUCCCGCUGUAGAUGGUGUAGAAUGCACUAAAUGGAGUGACAAUGCUUAUGCUGCAUUUUUAAAAUUUUCAAAAGUUAAUUAUGCUGAGGAUAACUUAAUAGCUUUCAUACAUGAAGUUGAUGGCGAUACACAUAAAAUCGUUUUAUAUAAUCAUACUUCAAGAACUGAGUUUUGCUUGAACAGUAAACUUGUAUCUCAAGGAUAUGCUACAACAAUGGAUCCUGGAUCAUGUGUAUUCAAGAAAACAAAUUCAAGAAAAAUAAAGCAACCAAUUUUACCUAAAAAUUCUAGAAAUAAAGAAGUUAUAUUACCAAACGAUGACCCUUUAUUGUUUGUUAAGCCAUGGUCAGUUACUGAAAAUGAAAACCAUGACUGGAAAAAUAAGAAGUUAAAGAAAUUUCCUGGUGUCCCAAUGUCAAUCUUGAAAGUUGUCAGUCCUGAUGAAAUAAUACUAAAAAAAGUGAAUUGUAAUACUGAGAAAUUGACUGAAAAUAUGAACACAAUUUAUGCUAAUAAAAAAAAAAAAAACACACAAAAAUUAGAUUGGAAAAUAAAUGAUUUAUGUGCAAUAUUUAUUAAUAAGUAUGGAAAUUGGUAUAGAGGAAAAGUUAAAAACAUAGAUAUAAUAAACAAAUGGUUACAGUAAGUUUACUUAUAUGACUUAAAUGAAACAAUUGACAAAAUAUCUAUCAAAACCUUACAUAUACUUGAAGAAAAUUGUGCUAAAGAAAAAUGUAGAAUUUUGCAUUGUGGUUUGAACAAUUUAGUUCCAUUAGGUGCUUUAGAUGGAAUUUGGCCUAAAUUUAGUUGUGAUCGUCUGAUUGAAGAAUUAAAAAAAUAUCCUGUAGUAUAUUUUUCAAGAAUGAAUGCAAAGACACACGAUAUUGCUUUAGGAGAUAUAUGGGUUAAAGAAAUAGCAAUGCCACGAGCUUUGGAACCAUUACGUGAACGUUGGAUAAAUAUGAACAGAUUUAUGAUAGAACAAGGUUUUGCUUUAAGUAAUAAACAAGAUAAAAUGGAUGGUGAAUAUUCAGACUCCCAAUCAGAAUCAGAAUUCAAUUACUCUAUUGUAUCUAAUGAAAAUGAUAAAUGUGUUAACUCUUGGCUGCCUCCUGCCCGUUUGGUUAAAUCUCAAUUUAAUGCUGUUGUGUCAUAUGUUGAUAUGGAGUGUCACAUCUACUUACAAAAUUUGGAUGAUGAAACUCCUCAAUUAUUACAACUUGUUUCAAGCGAAUUAAAUGAAUUGUUUUCUAAUAGCCAACCAGAACCAAUAAAUAUGAAAUGGAGUGAAGGACAAUCAGUUAUAGUUCAAUACCAUUUAGACAAUAUGUGGUACCGAGGAACAAUAUUAAAAAAAGAUGAAAAAGGAGAGUUUUCCGUACAGUUUUAUGAUUACGGCAAUGUCGAGACAUGUACGCACGAAAAACUCAGAUCAACCUUGUACAUGACCGACGUCCCCCAACUGUGCGUCAAGGGAUACUUCAGCACUAUUUUACCGAUAACGAAAAGCAGGAAAUGGCCGAUAUCGUCACUCGAUUUUAUACACAGUAUGAUUGUUGAAAAAACAUGUGUAGUGGUUAUUGACGAGAGUCGGACAACCGACGACAUCUGUGCGAUCAAGUUUAUGAGAGAAGUUCAAAACCAGGUGGAAGUGUGUCAAUACCUAGUGACGAACAAAAUAGCGUACUUCGAGUAUGUAUCGCCGUCGAACCUUGAAUUGGUGGAGACGGACGAAGAAAAUAUCGGUGACGCUUCUGAAAAAAAUUAUUACUACGAUAACGAUGUUGAAAUCUAUAACGACGGCGAUGUAAAGACCUACGACGACAGCGAUGAACAGACCUUCGACGAUAGUAGGCAGAUCUGCGACGACGGUGAACAGACCUGCUACGACGGUGGACAGACCUACGACGAGUACGAAUCGACCUAUGACAACGGGAUGAUGGCAGCGUAUUCGGUAGAUGAUGAGCCGAGAAGCAGUGUUGGUGCGGAAAACGCUUCGGCGACGAUGCCGGACGGCGAUGAGGAAUCCGGUUACUCGAAAUUCUGUUUGGAAGUCAAUGAAGUGGUCGAGGGUACCAUGUGCCGCGUUACCGGACCAACUAGCCUCACGUUAAUGAUCACGAAGAUCGGCGGUGCCGACCUUAGCGUCGCCAAGGACCAGAUGUACAACAUAAUAUACGAUAAAUGUGGCACCCUGCCACCGCUCGACCACAUCGUACCAGGACAUGCUGUCACUGUUAUUCACAACGGGCUGUGGAAACGUGGUAUCAUUGGAGAUGGCGGAAACUCGGUAUUGUUGGUCGACUUCGGCGUAUCCAUCAAGUUGAUAAAAAAAAAUCUGAGACCGUGUAUCGCUGAUCUUUUCCAAUUCCCGAUGUUCACGAUCGACUGUCAACUGGAAAAUGUCAGACUGGGCGACGACGUCGAUGCCGAAGAAGUCGUUAAUAAAUUGUCGAAAACGUUGAGGGGUAUCAAUUUAAAGAUCGUCGGAAUCAGCGAUUCGGACAACGACAUCGUCGGCGUGGAGUUGUAUAAUAGCAAAGAAGAAAUUGCAUACCAACCGCUGAUUGACGCCAAAUUACUAACUCUCGCAUGAUGCGUUUUUAAUUUGUAGCUCGUCCGAUAUAAACGCACGUUUGUACAUAAUUAAGAUUUAGUUAAAAGACAAUUUUAUUGAUUUAUUGAAAUUAUAUAACCUACAGAGAAAUGUAGUAGCUAUAUAUUAUAAAAUAAUAUAAGUACUCGCGGUCGGUAUUGUAUGGUAAGGUCAACCAUAUACUAUAUUAAGAAGACCAUGCGUAAUUUUAAAUUUUGUGAUCUGCAAACAAAAGUCAGCUUAUUAUUACCUCUAUAAGUAUAUUUGUUUUUAUUAUAAUUUUUUUUUAUUUUGCUGUUGAUAAAAAUAUCACAUAUUUUUAUUUACUGCUGUUACUCGUGGUUCGUCGUUCGAUGGACAAUCAAACGAAUAUAAAUCGACAAAUAAUUCUUAUUAGGAUUUAAAAAAACAUUUUAUGUAUUUAUAUAUUGUUGAAAUUAAUUAAUGUUUUCUUCAGUUUUAUAAUUUUAAAUGUUUUUCGUUGUUGAAUAAUCGAAGAUUCGAUUAUUUCCAAAG